AUGGGGGCGUUUGAGGAUCCGGUGAUUUCGUACUUGAGGGCGGGGGAGUUUGGGAAUCUUACGAGGUUUGAGGGGUUGGCGGGUGGGUUGUAUGUUGGGCCGAAGGAGGGGGUGAUGGCGGCUAUCAAGGCUGCGCUGGCGGCUCCGGAGAUUUCAAAGGCGAAGGAGAUAUCCGAUGUGGUUCCGAAGGAGAUGUUCAAAGUCGACGCAUUCCCAGGCUCGAUCGCAUACUACGCCAUGGGUGUGGUGAAAGCCAAGUACCCCAAGAUCUCAGAGGAACUCCCAGUCUCGACAUCCAAAGGCAUGAGGCUCCUCAACAAACUCAUCAACUCACACCUCCACAACAACUGGCGCACCCUCUUCUCCGACGGCAUCGCCGUCCUCAAACCCAUCCGCACACACAUGACCGCCAUCGUCGAGCCCGCCGUCCAGCUCGCCGAGUACCUCGCCCAAUGCCCCUCAUCCCCCAUCAUGUCCUCCUGCCCCCCCAACGACAAGAACUGCAAGCCAUGCGUCGCCGCAGCACCAAUGCGCAUCUCCACCCCUCCCAUCUUCCGCAACAACUCCAAGCUCUACACCAUCGGCGUUGUCCCGCACCCCUGGACAACAACCUCCUCCGACGCCUUCACAACCGCCAUCGACAUACCCUUCAUCCGCCGCCGCAGCAACCGCGACCACUGGCUCACCCUCGCCACCAAAGAGCUCCUCGGCACCGGCGUCUCGACCUCCCCGCGCCUCGUCAAAUUCAAAGAAGCAGUCGCCUCCCCCUACGGCGCCGCGCACUCCGUCUGGUUCACGGCCGAGAAGGAAUAUCCCGACGACAUAGACUGGCACUUUGGGUUCCUAGUCCCCCGCCAGUCCGCGCACGACGGGAAAUCCCAAACCCCCGUCCCGGGCCCGGAACGGCGCCCAGCGGACCCAGCGCGCGACCCGCUCGAUGGGGUGCUGCCAAGCGAGAAGGAGCUGAAGAAGGAGAGGGAGUUACUUGAGUUUGCGAAGAUGAUGGGGACGACGCCCGAACAGCAGCGGUUGAUUCGUGCGAUCGAGGCGUGGAAUUUGGGGGAUGUGGAGGCGUGGAGGUUUGCGAGGGCGUUUAUGGCGAGGAGGAGUGUGGAGAGAAGGGGGUGGGAGGAGGAGGAGAGGUGGGUUACGGGGGGGAAGGGGAGUGAGAAGUGA